ACUCGUACCACCACAAAUACAAGUACGUAACUACACCUGCUUCAGCUUUCUUCGAUCGAAUGGCUUCUAGUGGUGGCCUUGUGAAAGCCGGAUACUGGUCUUCGCGAAGUUCCCUGCCGGUAGCAGCAAUAGAGUCCACACUCUUCACACAUCUUUAUGCUGGCUUUGCCGAGGUCCGCCCUGCUGAUGGCGGGGUCACCUUUCCUAAGGAUUACAAGGUACAAUUCCAAAAGUUCACCGAAACCGUUCAAAGAGGAUCCCCAAACGUGAAGACUCUUUUAUCCAUCGGUGGUGAAGGCCCCUCUCCAGCUAAGAUAUUAUCUCUAGUGGUGGGAGAUCAAAAUAAGCGUGCAAAAUUCAUACAAGACUCCAUAGCCCUAGCCAGGAAUUACGAUUUUCAUGGCCUCGACCUCUGCUGGCUGUACCCCUCCUCGUCCGACGACGAUGCCGACCUUGACUCAUUCCUGAAUGAAUGGCGUGCUGCCAUCGAUGAAGAUCACAACAAUACAAGGAAAGACCGGUUGCUUCUAACUGCGGCUGUCUUUCACCACCCGGUCAUUAGACGCUCUAAUUUCAAUUAUCCCAUUCAGGCUAUUAAAGACAACUUGGACUGGAUCAACGUGCUGGCCAUUGACUUCUAUACUCCGGCCUCCAACUCUUCGGGGGAGACUGGACCGGUUCAUGCUUGGCGUACUCGAUCUGAAGAUCUGCAAGACAGGUGCGGAGAGAAAGGAAUUCAAAACUGGAUAAAUAAUCGAGUUGCGACAAAUCAAUUACUCCUCGCCCUUCCAUUUUAUGGCUAUGAAUGGAUUCUAGGUCAGAACUCGAAUAACCGUGGAUUCUUUGCACCGGCUCAUCCAGGAAAUAAACUCCCCUUAUCCUACAAAACUAUCCAGGAGACUCUAGCGAGGGGUAAUUACACCAUUCCCGUUACGGAUGGGAUAUAUGUUGCUACCUACUCGCAUAACGAUAAGAGGAGUUGGAUUGGUUAUGAUGAUGAAAGGAGCAUCUCUGAAAAGGUUAAGAAAGCGGUUAAGGCUAAUUUGGGCGGUUAUUUUGCAUGGAAUGUGGGCUUCGACGACGACAAUUGGACUCUUUCUCGUGCAGCCAAGAACGCAUGCGAUCCGCCGGCUGGGGCUAAUCAGUAAUGGCCGCAAGUAUUGUGAAGAAUAAUCAACAGCAUGGCCAGCAAUAUAUUAUAUAUGGUGUGUUUGUAUUAUAAUAUGAAGGCCAAUGAUAUCAGAUAUACAGAUGUUCUGUUACAAUUAUAUGUAACAUAGACGCUUGUAUCAUCAACAAUAAGGCCAAUGGCUAUAUAUGCCGCGCGUGUUAAUUGUGUGUAAUAGUAUAUAAGAAGCGUGUAUUAUCCCCAAUAAGGUCAUUUUUAUGGCCUGUACGAUAAAUGAAUGUUGUGUAUUAUAAAAGGAAGUACUUCCUUUUGUACUAUUA